UCGUUAAAUUAGACUAAACUGUGUUCCUGAUUUGGUUAGAUUUCAGGCGAAAUGCUGUGUCCCCUGUAUAAGUUGGUCCUGUGCACAGCAGUGGUCUGUCUGCUGCCGGUCUCUUCGCUAUCCCGACCAAUGAAAAUCUAUCGUCUGAAGCGAGAGCUCGUAUACUCCAACCCUGCGGAUCCAAACUCCCACUCCGUGGUACGAAGCUCCCACGACCAGGCUAGGUCACCGGACGGCCACGCUGCCCCCCGACUGAACCUGGUCACAGCUACCCUAAACACACCUGCACCUCAGGAAGAUGGGGUCACCGUAACUCAGACCAUACCUCACUUGGUCACGGUGACACAAACAGUAACGCGUCAGCGGGCUCACACUUUAGUCCGGGUUGACGACUCUCUGCAGAACACGGUCGUGCACACGAAAUGUGUAACUAAAAUAGAGCCACAAGCGACCGUCGUUUCUCGGGUCAUCAUAACUCCUGUUCCCCGGACAGUCCAAGUCGCCAUAAGGACUUACUCUACCUUAACGCGGUACCUUCCAGAAGCCAGAGGUGCCCAUACUCCAGUGGUCCAUACGCGACCAGCGUCCACUCGGGGUUACACGUAUGAAGAACCUGAAAUUGCUUUCCACCAUGGAAGACGUGAGCGCGAUCUGGCCUACGGUUACGAUACCUACGAUACCACUGACGAUGUCUGGAACGAACUGCCACCGCCCGCACCUCCCAUUAAUAAAAACGAGAAAUUUAAAGAUUUCGCUACUCUUACUUUGAUCUAUGAAUAAAACCCAAUUCAUGUAGCAAGAUUUGUAAUAAAAAUGUACCUUCGUAUAA